GCUCUUCUGUCCUAGCUGAGUAAUGUUAUAAACUAAUUAAAAAUAGUUUAAAAGCUGAAAUGAAUAGAGUUCCUUGGAGGAAUUGAAACAGCUGUAUACUUGGUUUUUACUGUACUUGUUUCCCUAUUAAUGAUUGAAGUGUGAUUAUAUCGUAAUAGUAGAGACCUAAUUUGGAUUUUGCCUAAUUUUUAGAAAACAAAAGCUACCAAAAUAGGUAACAAAUAAGAGGUAUAUUAAUGAACUGAAAUUGGAAUGUCGAUUAAGGGGAAAUAUACUUUUAGAGACUCCCGACUCCAGAGACUCAAACUAAAUUCAAAGCUUAACAAGAUUGAAAUCACUUUAAGAGAAACCUGUGCUCUAUUCCUUCGUUUGCUAAACAAUUAACAAAUGAUUCAAUAAAUAUAAUAAUAAUGCCAAUAAUAACAUAAGAAAACAUCUUUCGAAAACCUCAGGUUUCAAGAGCACCCCGAACCGAGGAACACAAGCUUAUUUCCCCCACUAAUGUCGCCGAACCAAGACCAUCUAGCACUUGACCCCCUCAGCACAACCAAUGGCAAUCAAUCAAUUUGUUGAACGUUAUCGGGCAAUGAAAAUGCAAUGAAAUUGGCCAUCGGUCACUCUUUAUGGUAAUCCAAAUGUCACACCCCCAAGAGGGUAUAUAUAGAACAGGAGGCAGUACGCAUGUGUACAGUUUGGCUGGACAGGCGGCUCAGUUCUGCUGGCAGCCAUGAGGAUACUUUCCAUUCUGAUAUUGACCUGGGUCGUGGCACAUCUCGACCAGGUGUCGGGCAAGAAGGCAAUCCGGAAGAAAUCCAACAAGGGAGGUCCUUGCGGAAAGCCAUUUCUGAAGCAAGUCAAUGGAAGAUGCUACUACGUUAGCACUAAAAAGAUCAACUGGUUCGGAGCGCAGAACAAUUGCCUGCGCAAGGAGCUCAACCUGGCGGAUGUGGGCACGCCGGAUGACUUCAAGGCCAUCACCGAUUUCCUGCAAUCGGAGUUUGGGAAUGAGGACUACUGGAUUGGCGGCAACGAUCUGCAAAAGGAGGGUCAGUUCAACUACAUCAGCAGCGGCAGGCUUAUGCACUACAUGGGCGAGAGUGCAAUGGUGGAGCCAACGCUACGCUCCAAUAUGGAUGACUGCCUGGAGCUGAGGAUCCGGACCAAUACCACCGUCAUGCUGGAUGUAAACUGCCACGAUAAAAAGUACUUCAUUUGCGAGAAUUCCCAGCCAAAGUGUGCACAGCCCACCGCCGAAGACAUGGACGAGGACCAACGCCACAGCCACGAACAUCUGCAUCACUUCCACCACGAUGCGGGCAAAAAGGACAAUGAAGAGGCAGCGCAAAGGGAAAAGGAAGUGGAGAGUGACUCACGGCCACUUGACAAUUCUAAUUCAACGGAAAUCGGUAUAUCGGCGGAGAUGGAAACUACAACUGGUGAUCCGGGUGAGGAAGCUACAAGGGGAGGAGUAGGCGCAGACAAGACAAGCCCCACCGGGGCUGAUCCACCGGCACAGAAUGGUACAGAAGAGGCCACAACAGCAGGAGAUGCUGGAGCAACUACAGCGGCAGGAGAUGCAGGAGCAACUACAGUGGCAGAAACAACUACAACGGUAGGUGAAGAAUCAACUACGACGGCAGUCUAAAAGGAGGAGCACACUUUCAACGGACUUAUAUGGAGCUUAGGAAUCGAAUGACUAUAAUAAAGUAAGCAAGAGCAGAA